AUGCCCGACCUCACCCUCAAAAGACCUUUCUUCUCGAGGAAACUCGCUCCAAAUCUUCAUCACCAAUCUCACGAGGACGACAAAGAGCUUGCCUCGAGUCCUCCAUCCAUCGGUGGCCGCAGCUCUCUGACGUGCGAGGACGAACACUAUUCUGCCUUUGCCGGCGAGACCAUCGCAGCUCAGCAACGGUACGUCAGACCAGCCGCAUUUCAAGUCUCUGGAAGGAAAAUGGAAGGAAAAAUGGAAGGAAAAAUGGAACCAGAGUUGUUUCUUUCGAUCAUCCGCACGGCUGCAGGAUUGGAUCUCAAGGACCAUUAUGCGGGUUCCUUGUUUCGAAAGAGACUCAAUGAAAUAGCUGACGCCUACGAGAUACUGAUUUCAUCGGAUGAUAGCGUUCGCGGAAGCGCGAAUACGAUGCCAGGAGAGCGAAUGAAUCCAGUCAUCAUGAAAAUCUGCGGCCACAAGACUUUCCUCGACAUUCGAAACCAACUACUCAAAACGGACGUCGGCGAGCAUAAUACCCAGCGGCGAUUGCGCAGAUUUGUUGACUUUGUGCGUCAAGCUACUCGCGACACCUCGACCGACUUACCCAAGGGUUUGACCUGCGGAUUGUUCGACGCUAUAAACACGAAAGGCGCUGUCGAUGCUCUCAUCAACUCCAUCCGAUGGAAAGAAAGCGACUUGAAGAAACGGGCUGUUCGAGCUCUCGUCAUAAUCUGCGCCGUCACCUAUCCAGAGGAGGUACAGGCUCUUCGAAUUGACCUCCUAGCCUCCGGCAUCGCCAAUCUAGAGCUGAUACGGACUCUUGAACCUCUCGGCACAAUCUUCGCCACCGCCGAACCAGACAAAGGUGCUGACUCUCUGAACACCCAGACAAAAGAUGCUGACUCUCUGAACAUCCAGACGAAGAUGCUGUUCUUCUGA